AUGUUAAAAUCCCUAAUAAACUGUUGUACUCAAAGAUUCACCGGUAGGAAGGAGUCAAGUCCCUAUCAAAAGUUCAAAUACGAGUUCCUUGAAGAAUUCGAAAAGCUGGACAAAGUCUUAAAACCUCCAAGUUCUCAAAGCCCUUUACUAUUAACCUUGGUCAAGAAGAUCAGGUCGGCUUCGUACAAAGACUCGAUCAGCCAGAGAAAUCUUCGUGAGAUAUUCAAGGAAUGUACUGAGGACCAGGAUACAGGGAAGGUGCCUCAGUCCACGAUCAAUAUUCUGAGGUUUUUGAGACUGGAUUAUUUUAUGGGAACGAGGUCGCAUGAAGAACAGACUCUGCAGCUGCUGGACAGUCUGAAGGUGGUCACUUUUUUGGUGGUUUACAGUAGAGAGAGUGAGAAGAGAAGAGUGGCGUGACUUGUGGAAUGGGUCAUGGAGGAGGUCAAGAGAGGUGAGAUAAAAGAUACCAGUGACAAUGAUAUGUCUUUCAGCGACAAUGCCAUCGACCACCAAUUCAACAAAUAAGGACCCUAAAUGGCUCCAAAUCCUCACAAUUCUGCUCUCAAACACAAUUCUUCCGUUUAUAUCUUACAUUGAAGAGGACACUGAGGAUGAAGCUUUUGAGAUCUUUAAGAAGUAUGCGACUACAAAUCCCAACAUUUUCUAUGAUUUUUCUCGCUAUAUCAAUAAGAGAUUGGCAACUGGAGAGCUAGUCCAGAACAGCAAUGACCAAGAGAAUGAUUUGUCCUCCUCCAAGCAGGGAAUUCAUAAGAAAUCAAAGAAGUUUCUCACCAAAUAAAGAAUUUGCGAAGGAGCUACAGAAGAAUGCGAACAUUAUUUUUGAGCCUAAAUAAUAUCAGAAUCAAGUUCCUUCAAUUUGUGAAUUGACAUAAAUAAAAGAGCACUUACUAUAAAUGGAAAAGAAUUAGAAGAGCAUCCAAUAAAACCAACAAGACUUAGAAGAGACUUAAGCCAAGAGUACCUAAAAUCCCCUGUUAGGGUAGAUAAUUGAGAAAACUUCACCAAUGCUGCACAAGAUCAUUUUAAUGUAUUUAGUGAUCAAUAUGACUUUUCUAAUAAGAACCGAAAGGAUCAUUUCGAAAAUAAGUCACAAAAACCAGAAAACUUUAGAAAUUUACCAGAAUUUGCUAAACUAGGUAGAGAAGAGAAGGAUCCCUCCCAAUUAGCUUCACAAAAAGAAGAAAGUCCUCUAGCAGAUUUUGAUGCAUCAAGAUCCUAUUAUAGGAUGGAUGACACGAUAAACAUUCCCAGGAAAUCAAAUUUAUCUAAUAUAUCAGUUGAGAUGUACUCCCAAUUCUCCUAUAUCAACCACGAAGAUGAGAUCAAGGAAAAAUUUGGGCCUAAACUUCUUCUGAUCUAUGAAAAUCAUUUUGAGAAAUAUGAGAUAAAUGGAAAGUACCGCUGAAAUCUAGACGAUUGAAAGAUUCCUUACCUUCAAUCCCAAAUGAUUCAUAAACUAGCUGAAUCUGAUGGUGAAGAGCAGCAGCAUCGAUUCAGUCACUCAUUUAGAAUCAGCUCAUCAAGGAAUAAUCCUGAUUAUUCUUGUGAUUUUGAUACAGCCUUGGAGUAUCUAAAGGGAGUCAUUAAAGCAAACACCACUCUUGAUGACAUGCAUCGUUUUUACAAAGGAGAGUACUUCGGAGAAGGCAUUAUCAAUACUUAUCUUAGGUUCCUCGAUGUCUAUAGUGAGCUUCUAGCUACACGUUACUCAGAAGCUUUUGGAGACCAAGAAAGUAAAAACAUGAAGGGAAAAUUUGAAUAUCCUGGUCAAAAGCACCAGAAAAUUAAGAUAUUUGAGACAGAUAUUUUAGAAGAGUUCUUCAAAGAGAUGGAUUCAGGAGUCAUCUCCAAAGAGCUUGAUGAGGAGUUCCAAGAUCUUUUUGAUUAUAGCUUCAUGAUGGUGCCGAUCUUGAAAGAAAGCCUUCUUACUCUCUUUGUAGUUGAAUUUGGAGAAAAAGUUAUCGAUGUCAAUCUCUAUUUCCUUGAAGAUAGACUACUACAAGAGGAUGAAGAAAAUAUGUCCCAAUUAAGUGAUCUCAUCCUUGACUUGCUUAAGAGAGCAUAUGAUACUGUCGGAUCAGAAUUUGAUGAAGAAGCAGUCACUGGCAAAAGCAUAUCAGUUAAUACCAUUGCAGAUAUGCUCCAAGUCGCAGAAGAUUAUGUUCUAGGAAGGCAAGAAAAGAAGCACCACCAGCCUGCUUCAGAAAUCAGGCAUAAAAUUGUGGAUAGACUGCUAUCAGUUAGAUUAAUAUAGCCAGA